AUGUCUGACUCUGCGUUCUUCAUCCGCCCCGCUCAGCCAGAGGACGUGGCUGCCAUUCAACAGCUAAUCCUCGGUCUGGCGACGUAUGAGAAGGCUCCAGAGUCUGCAAAAGCCACGCCAGAGCUCCUGCGCAAGAAUUUGUUCGAGACACCGUAUGCAUAUGCUCUCCUGGCCUUCACAGGAUCUCCAUCGGCCCCUGGGAAGCCCAUAGGCAUGGCAAUCUAUUUUUUCAACUUCUCCACAUGGACCGGGAAACCGGGGCUAUACCUGGAAGACCUGUUCGUCGAUGCUGACUACAGAGGGAUGGGCGUUGGGAAGGCAUUUUUCGUCGAAUUGGGCAAAGUAGCCCAGGAAAAAGGUUGCCCCCGGCUGGACUGGUCCGUCUUGAAGUGGAACCAACCUUCCAUCGAGUUUUAUGAGAAGAAACUUGGAGCGGCCGGGAUGCCAGAAUGGAUGGGUAUGAGACUUGAAGAACAGGGCAUAGAGAACUUAAAGAAUCUUGUUGCCAAGUCCAACUAG